UCCAGUGAGCAACACACAAGCCUCAUCUUGCUGGUCUAAACUGCACACUGGAAAACAAGAUAUUUUGAAUUUCAAAAUGGCCUCGUCCAUCACUGAAUCAAAUGCGAAAUUUGCCCUUCACUUUUACCAGAAGAUGAGCAAGGCCAAACCCUGCGAAAACCUCUUGUUUUCUCCUGCAAAUCUUGGGGCUGCCCUGAGCCUUCUCCUUUAUGGAGCUCGGGGCAGCACAGCACGUGAAAUAGAAAAGGUUCUUCAUCGGGAGAUAGAGGAAGAAAGCAAAAAACAUAGCCAAUCUCCACACCCUGAGAUCAAACUGGCACCUGAACAUUCAUCUUCACCAUGCCCUCAACAGAAUGUUCCCGAGUAUGAAUGUGAGAAGCCCGAAGGUAACCAUACUGAAAUCCAUAGAAUCCUGGCCCGCCUCAACAAAGCCACCACAAACUAUGAGCUCAGCUUUGCAAGUCGUCUCUAUGGAGAUGACUCCAUCGCUUUCAACCAGCAAUUCGUGUUCUGUGCACUGAAGUUGUACCUGACCCAAGUCAGCAAUGUGGACUUUCAAAAUGAUCCAGAAGAAUUCAGGAAGAUUAUAAACACAUGGGUUGAAGUCCAAACGCAUGGCAAAAUUAAGAAUCUCUUAUGCAAGAGAAACAUCACUUCCCGAACUCAGCUGCUCCACGUGAAUGCCCUGUACUUCAAAGGACAGUGGGACGUGCAGUUUGACAAGGGGCUCACCAGGAAAAGUCCCUUUCAUGUGAAUGAGAUGACCUAUAAUACCGUGGAUCUGAUGCAUCGCAGAGGCCAGUAUAAGAUGGGCACAGUUGAAUUACAAGACAUGCACGUUCAGGUGCUUGAAAUCCCCUACAAAGAUAAUGAACUGAGCAUGUUCAUAUUGUUACCAGAUGACUGCAGUUCAGAAGGCAUUCAACAGCUAGAGGAAGAACUUACCUAUGAGAAGAUAGCAGAGUGGAUCUGUCAAAAGCCGCUGAAACUGGAAGAGGUAGAAGUGGCCAUUCCCAAGAUCAAGAUGGAGAAGGACGUUCUAACCGCCAAACUGUUGGAAGCUCUCGCUGUGACUCAAGUGUUGGAUCCCAAGAUGGCUGACUUAACUGGAAUGACAUUGACAGAAGAUGUGGCACUGAAUGAGAUUGUCCACAGCACUUCUCUGGAAAUGGAUGAAGAGGGUGGCGAAGAACCGCAUUGCCUGAAAGAUACGCGUCAGAGUCACCGAGAGGGUUUGCAAUUUGUGGCUGACCAUCCUUUCCUCUUCUUCGUGUUGCACAAUUGCACAGGCAGCAUCCUGCUCCUGGGCAGGUUUAUUAGGCCUGAAAAGAAGUGUAGUUUCCAUUAACCAUCCAGGAAUCAUGAAGACAGGACGGGGAAAAAAUAUGUUUGCAAAAUUACUUUCCCCCCUUUUAAUAGUUAAAGAGGUCUAGCACUUAAAGAUGGUUAAUGUCAUUCCUCUUGUGAACAAGAAAUUAUAAUGAAGAAUAACAGCCAUUACUUCCUUAAGGAACAGCUUUGAGCUUUGAACUUUGCUAUAUUCUUGUGCCCGAAGUGGGGAACAGCUCCCUAAGCCAUAAAACUGACUGGAAGGAAGGGAGCUGGGCCUCAGAAAACAGUGUGAGUUGCCUGUCUGUAGUCAAUGCUGUUUCCUCCCUGUCUCCCACCCAACACGAAUACCUGCUCCCAGGGCUAUUUUUGGGCAGGAACGCACAGGAACGGAGUUCCGGCUGGCUCCCAAGUUGGCCAC